AUGCCGAAGGACAGGAGGAGGCGCAGGAGGGGGAAUCCGGGGACGGAGACGGAGACGAAAGCGAGGAGGAAGAAGAAGAAGAAGAUCAAGAGAAGCCUGGCAGUGAUGUUCGCGGCCUUUGAGAGUGAAAAAGCCCAACCCCAACCAAAAUUAGAUCGUGCGUACGACGAUGAUGUGGUCGAGUCCUCGGCGGAGGAAUCCUCUUAUCCACCCAGCCCUCUGCUCCACAAACCCUACAUCCCCGACGAGCUAGCUCAUAGGCCAGACAUACGUGCCGCCUACAAGCAUGCCGAAGCCGAAUACCGAGCAGACAAAUACGAUGAGCCGCUGAAUAGGUGUUCUGGUUUGUGGAUUCAAUGGGACGACAAGAAGAAUACCGCCGUGGUUUUGACGUCUGCGCAUCUCAUUCGCGCAAAGGAAUACGAUGAGUGGAAGAAUGAGUGGACGGAUGAAUAUCAUCGCGAGGCUGAGGUCAUUGUUCGCUUGUUGGACGACACAACCGCAGAAGCCAGUCUCCUCUACCUACAGGAGCAUUAUGAAUUUGCUCUUUAUGAGGUUGUAGUGGACAAACCGGUUCAGCUAUCCACUUUUAACGACAAUGUAAACUCUGGUCAAGACGGUUUCCGACUUGGAAGAGAUGAAAAUCUUGAUCUAAGGAUAACCCAUGGUAGGGUGGAAUAUAGGAUUCCAAUCCGUCAUGAGAGAUGUCACUACAUGUAUUUUUCCAACGAUGAACAUAGAUUCCGUGACGAUGGAGGCCCCAUCAUUGACUUAGAAGGGAAGGUUGUGGGAAUUGUCAACAAUCAAAUCAAUGAGACCUUUUUACCCUCAUCUAUAUUGCAUAAGUGCUUGAAUUCAUGGAGAAAGUUGAAGUGCGUCCCUCGUGCCCACCUUGGAAUGACCUUUACUUCCAUCAAGCUUCUAGAUCCUAUUUGUAUUGAGAGGAUAAGGCGUAAGCAUAACAUUUCAUCCGGUAUUAUUGUUGAACAGGUGUCAAAAGAAUCGAAUGCUGAGAAACUUGGAAUCCGCAAGGGUGAUAUUAUUGAACGUUUCAAUGGAGAGUAUAUUUCUAGUACAACCGAGUUGGAAAAGAUGUUGCUAGAUAUAGGCGGGGACCAAUUUGAUCAAGCAAAAGUCUUAAAUGCUGAAAUAGGUGUUCAAGCACUUACCCUAUCACUGAUGGCCUUUGGAAAUGAGUGA